CUAGCUGUUCAAAUGCCCAGGUGCUUGUGAAGUGUGAAACUUUACUGCACUUUCAACAACAGAGAAAAAGUAUAAAGUGGAGGUGUCCUGGGCAGGUCUGUGCGGACAUUGGAAGAGCAACAGCAGCCAGUCUCCUCUCUCUCUGCAUCUGUAACAAUCCUCUACAGGCUCGAAGCAUCAUGGCAGACAGGGUGUUCAAAGGCGCAGGGGAGAAGCCCGGCCUGCAGGUGUGGAGGGUGGAGAAGAUGAGUUUGACCCCGGUCUCCAAAGCGCACCAUGGGAACUUCUUCACCGGGGACGCCUACAUAGUGCUCCACACCACGUCUGCCCCGUCCUACAACGUCCACUCCUGGGCAGGUAGCGAGGCAUCCCAGGAUGAGCGUGGGGCGGCGGCCAUCUUGAUGAUGCAGCUGGACGACUAUCUGAAAGGAAGGCCUCGCCAGUUCACUGAGUUUCAGAAUGAGGAGUCUAUCACCUUCACCACCUACUUCAAAUCAGGCAUCACAUACAAGCAAGGAGGAGUGGCUUCAGGCUUCAAGCAUGUUGAUACCAAUAAAGAGAAUAUAAAGCGCCUCAUACAUGUAAAAGGGCGGAUCAUCGUCCGAGGGACUGAGGUCCCCCUGACCUGGGAAUCUUUUAACAGUGGGGACUGCUUCAUCAUCGACUUGGGGGAGAACAUCUACCACUGGUCUGGACGCGAGAGUAACCGCUUUGAACGUCUGAAGACAACAGUUCUGGCCAUGGACAUCCGCGACAGUGAGCGCAAGGGCCGAGCAGAGGUGCACAUGAUUGAAGAAGACAAAGAACCAGAUGAAGUCAUCAGUGUUCUGGGGCCUAAGCCAGAUCUCCCACCAGGAAGCCAAGACUCGGAUGUCUGUGUGUCAAAGAAAGCCAAGUCUGAAGCUUCUCUUUACAUGAUUUCCAAUGCUGCCGGGUCUAUGAAGGCAACUCGAGUGGCUGAGAAGAACCCAUUCAAACAGGAUAUGCUCAGUCCGAAUGAGUGCUACAUCCUGGACAAUGGGGGCAACCGCAAGAUCUUUGUCUGGAAAGGACCAAAAGCCAAUUCUGAAGAGCGAAAAGCAGCUAUGUUAGCUGCACAGCAGUUCAUCAAAGACCACAACUACCCAAGCAACACCCAGAUCCAGAUCAUGCCAGCUGGAGCAGAGACCACUCUUUUCAAGGACUUCUUCUAUAACUGGUUGGACAAAGACGAGACUGUAGGCCUUGGUCAAGCCUAUGCCAUCGGCAAAAUCGCCCAGAUUCAGAAAGUCCCAUUUGACGCCUCUGGUCUUCAUAACAACAAGGCCAUGGCUGCCCAGCAUGGGAUGGUGGAUGACGGCUCAGGCAAUGUCCAGAUCUGGCGUGUGGAAGGCGGUGAUAAAGUUCCUGUUGAUGCUGAAACUUAUGGUCAGUUCUAUGGAGGAGACUGUUAUCUGGUGCUGUACUCCUACAACUGUGGAGGCCGAACCAAGCACAUCAUCUACACUUGGCAGGGGAAGAAGUGCUCCAAGGAUGAACUGGGAGCUUCUGCCAUUCUCACUGUUGCACUGGAUGACUCCAUGGGAGGAGUAGCAACCCAGGUGCGUGUGACUCAGGGCAAGGAGCCUGCUCACUUGGUCAGCUUGUUCAAAGGGAAUCCCAUGGUGGUGUACCUGGGUGGGACGUCCCGCAGUGGGGGACAAACUGCAGCAGGAAAAGUCCGCCUCUUUCACAUCCGCCUGAACUCCACCAAGGCCACCAGAGCUGUCGAGGUUGAGCCUACUGCCUCCUCUCUGAACACCAAUGAUGUAUUUGUGUUGAAAACCCCUGAUGCGGUUUACCUGUGGAGAGGCGUGGGGGCGGCAGAGGAGGAGAUGGUGGCUGCCAACUACAUGGCCAGUCUGCUUGGAGGGACUGCCACAGAGGUUGUGGAGAAGAGAGAGCCAGACUCUUUCUGGGCUGCACUGGGAGGAAAGAAAGAGUAUCAGACAUCUAAGACUCUGCAGAACGCUAUGAGACCUCCACGCUUGUUUGUAUGCUCCAACAAGACUGGAAGACUGAUUGCUGAGGAAAUGCCCAGAGACUUUUCACAGGUAGAUUUGGCAACUGAUGAUAUUAUGAUCCUGGAUGCAUGGGACCAGAUUUAUGUGUGGGUAGGGAAGGAUGCCAAUGAGGAAGAGAAGCAAGGUGUGGGGAACAUUGCUCAAGACUACAUUAACACUGACCCAGCAGGCCGGCGUGGGACUCCCAUGGUCAUCUUUAAGCAGGGGGAGGAGCCACUCUCUUUCAUUGGAUGGUUCCAUGGCUGGGAUGAUGACAUGUGGGACAAGGACCCCAUGGAGAUAAUUAACAUGUUCAAGUGUCAUUAAACCAGAAGAAACCAAACCUGCAAUAGCCUUCUUAGCUUCUGUAGUGCUAUUAGUUUAAAUGUCUAAAUCUAUGCAUGAUGCCCCCAACAGGCUUUUUAAAAAUAAAGAAUAUUGAUACUUGCAGCUGAUAUCAUCAAUUUGAAGCUAACUGUAGGCAUUGCUCUGUCUGAAGCUCUGUUACUCAAGAUAGACCUUAAUCUGAGCUUUACUUUAAGGCAGUCUGACCAUAAAAACAUAUCUGGAACUACAACAAAAGUCCCUCUCACAUAACAUUACAGUCACACGAUAGCCUGAUGUCACUGCAAAGUAUCAAUAUGAAAAUGGACAGUGGUGCUACUUAAAAAAAUAAGAUGUCAUAGUUAUAACUAGGUAACUAUUAACCUCUUAAGUCUGGUUGAAAAUAUAUUUUCUUAAACAUGCAUCUAACGCCACUGCCUAUUUUAAUUUACAGUCUGUAUUGGAUUAUAUUGAGACAGAUGACAAUACAUUUGUGGAAAAAAAUGUAAACAUUGAAAUAAUAUCUACAUAUAUUAUUGAUAACAAAACUAAAAUGCAUUAUAUUCAAAUAUCCUUGUGGUAUGACCUAAAAUGCUUUGCCAAAUCACCAGUGUAAUUGCCGCUAAACUGGUUCUGCACUCCAAUAAACCUUAAAAUUCAAAA